GUUAAAAUUGACUAAAUGUUGAAAUAUUCAAUGUUUAAAUUGUAUUUUGGGCCGUUGUUACCGCAAAAAUGUUUACGGCCAUUUUUAAAAUUACAAGAAUUUUUAUUGAGCCAUGUCAGAGUGUUUGUGUUAUUAUUAAAAUACAGCAAAGAAACAACUGCAACCAUAACAACGACAACAAAAAACUAACAAAUUCCCAGCAACAGCAGCAAGUGAAAAUUCAAACCCAACAGAAGGAGCAGCAACAGCCACAGCACAAAAAACGACAACAAUUGCUAAAAAGAGAGCAACUAAAAAAACAGCGGCAGGACCAAGAGCAGCAAUUAAAGCAAUUACAACAAAUUUACAAAAGAAUUAGCAAUGUUUGUAUUGCCCGAAUUAACACAAUUACAAAUACAACAAAAACUAUUAAAACAACAACAACAGCAGCAACAACAAUCAUACAAAUUUCCCACACAACGACGACAACAACUACAGCAAUGCCAAAAGCAAUCACAAAUCAACAAAUCAUCAACAUUGCCAACAACAACAACAUUGAACAAUUUUUCAUCAGUAACUGCUAUACAAUCAUCAACAUCGUCAACAAACAGCAGCAACAACAAAAGAAAUCGAAAUACUAUCACAGCAGCAACGACAACAACAACAAAUAUUCAUCUGCAUACAACAACAACAACAACAACGGGAAAUUUAACUGUAACGCCUCGUUGCCUACACCUGCAUUUGCAUUUAAUUAUUGUGAUUAUCUUGGCCUGUUGUACAAGAUGGCUUCAUUGUUUACCUGAUGGUCGGGCGACUUGUCGUUCAGUGCCCGGUUUAACCAAAGAUCAAUUGGAAUUGUGUUAUAAAGCCAGUGAUGUAACCACGGCUGCCUUAGAAGGAUUAGAUCUGGCCAUAAGAGAAUGUCAAAUACAGUUUCAAUGGCAUAGAUGGAACUGUUCAUCGUUAAAUACAAAAAGUCGUAAUCCUCAUGCCUCUAAUCUCUUGAAAAAAG